AUGUUCAUUCAUUCGUUUUGCCCACAUUUCUUUCUUUCUUUCUUUUUUUUGCUUGUUUCUCUUUCUUUUAUUUCUUCUUUCUUUCUUUCUCUUUCUUCCUCUUUUCCUUUCUCUUUUUUUCAUUCUUUUCCAUCAUUUUCUUUCGUUCUUUCUUUCUUUUUUUCUGUUUCUAACUUCCAAGUUCUUCUUUUUUCUUUGUAUAUUUCUGUCAUUUCUUUCUGUUUUUUCUUUCUUUCUUAUUUCUUUCCUUUUUUCUCGUUUAUUUCUGUCUUUCUGUUUCACUAUCUUCCUUUGUAUCUUUCUGCCAUUUUUAUUGUUUGCAUUUCAUCCCUUCUUGCUUUCUUUUCUUUUCUUUCUUUCUUUCUUUUUUUCUUUCUUUCUGCAUCUUUCAUUCGUUCAUUCAUUCUUUCUUUCUUUCUUUCUUUCUUUCCUGCAUGUUUUCCAUCUUUUGUUCUUUCUUUAUUCUUCUUUUUUCCUUCUUAUUUCUACUUGCCUUCUCUUCAAUUUCUAUUCUUUUUCUUUCACUUCGUCUUCUUCCUUUCUUUUCUCAUAUAUGUCCUCUUUCUUUCUUUCUUUCUUUCUUUCUUUCUUUCUUUCUUUCUUGCAUGUUUUCUUUCUUUCUUUGUUCUUUUCCUUUCUUUUUUAUUCCAUUACUUCUCUAUUUAUCUUCUAUUUCUCUUUCUUUUCUAUCUUUCUUUCUCUCUUCUUGCCUGCACGCUUGCUUUCUUUCUUUCUUUCUUUCUUUCUUUCUUUCUUUCAUUCUUUCUUUUUCUUUUAAUCUUUCUUUCUUUCUUUCUUUCUUUCUUUCUUUCUUUCUUUCUUUCUUUCUUUCCCGCAUGUUUUCCUUCUUUCUUUCGUUCUUUCCCUCUUCUUCUUUUUCCCUUCCUAUUUCUCCUCGCCUUCUCUUCAAUUUCUCUUUUUUCUUUCACAUCGUCCUCGUCCUUUCAUCUCUUUUAUAUGCGCUCCUCUUUUUUCCGUAAUAUUUUUCCUUUCUUUUCUUCCUUUCUUUUCUUUUCUUUCUUUCUUUCUUCUUUGCUCCUUCUUAUUUCUCCUCUUAAUUCCGGGUAUCUUCUUCGACCCCUAUCAUUGCUGUUUAUAAUUAUGUUAUGCCUGCUACCCGUAGUUGACACCUUUGAUUAUAAUCCAAUUCCACCUCUCCUUCCGUCACUAUCAAACCCAAUAGUGAAUCGCUAA